CCUCCUCUUCCUCCACCUACCUCCUCUUCCUCCUCUUCCUCCUCCUCGCAAUGUCCGUGUCCAGUGACUUCGGGAACCCGUUGAGAAAAUUCAAGCUGGUCUUCCUGGGGGAGCAGAGCGUUGGAAAGACGUCUCUGAUCACGCGGUUCAUGUACGACAGCUUUGACAACACAUAUCAGGCCACAAUUGGAAUUGACUUCCUAUCGAAAACCAUGUACUUGGAAGAUCGAACGGUGAGGUUGCAGCUCUGGGACACAGCAGGACAAGAGCGCUUCAGGAGCCUCAUUCCCAGUUAUAUACGGGACUCCACUGUGGCUGUUGUGGUCUACGACAUCACAAAUGUGAACUCAUUCCAGCAGACGUCAAAAUGGAUCGACGAUGUCAGGACAGAGAGAGGAAGUGAUGUCAUCAUUAUGCUGGUUGGCAACAAAACAGAUCUGGCGGAUAAGAGGCAAAUCACAAUUGAGGAAGGUGAACAGAGAGCUAAAGAGCUGAGCGUCAUGUUCAUAGAGACGAGCGCCAAGACGGGUUACAACGUCAAACAGCUGUUUCGUCGCGUGGCAGCUGCUCUUCCAGGGAUGGAAAGUAUGCAGGAGACGGGCAAAGAAGGCAUGAUCGACAUCAAACUGGACAAACCGCAGGAGCCGCAGACGACUGAAGGAGGCUGCUCCUGUUAAUACUCCGCAUCUCCCCUGGAAAACGAGAACAUCAUCUACACCACAUGCUUGUUAUGUUGCUUCCUAUUGGUUAACCUGCAGUUGACUUUGCAUGUUGAGAAUCUGGCGUCCUCACCCGACAAUUUGUCAUGAGUUUGAACUAGCAAUACGUGAAUUAGAUUCUAAAGUAGCGUCACCUACUUUGUUUAUGAAACUGCCAAAACAGUCUUCAACUUGCAAACAAAAAAUAGUGGAAAAAAAGAGA